AUGACUCUACACUUCAUUCUACUAAUUUGCCACAUAUUUCUGGUGGCCAAUUCAAGCGGCGCUGGGCCAAGCGGCUUCGCAGGUGCCGAACAACUAGGCAACUCAACACCGAAAGAGCCAACUAGGGGAGGUUACGAUGCGCAAAUUUUCAUGGAAUAUUUUCGUUGGCAUGGUGUCCACAACAUAAUGUUGAUUGUCUGUCCGCAGGAUGUAGGCACCAGCGAAAAGCAUCAUAAAUUGAAAUCGCUACUGCGCCAAUUUAUCGCCCAUGGCUUUUCCACACGCGUAUUCAAUGGCCAAGACUACGAUAAUGACAACGAAAGCCAUCGCAGUGCGGUGCAAGCGCAAGCCGAAGCCGAGCCAUUCAACACGACACACACCUCAACGGCUGAUUCAACAAGCGCCGCACCUGCAUUGAGCCGUGCCACGUUCGGUCCACCGCGCACAUUCCGUAGCGAUAACAACACGCGUCGCCCAUUGCGUCUGCAGCUGCCAGCACUCACCUAUAAAUCAGGUAUACUGCUGUUGGAAUUCGCCAGCGCCUGUUCACUGAAUGCGCUACGCUGGGCCGCUGCAGCCGAACACAACUAUUUCACCACAAAUCGCUUUUGGUUGCUUUUCACCGAUGAGCCGACGCAUAUUUCACUGCUCGACGAUGAGGACAUAUUUCUGCCGCCGGAUGGCGAGGUGCGUGUCAUGUUGUGGCAGCCGGGCGUGCAAUUUUUCACAUUGGUGGAUGUGUAUAAGGUAGCCGCAGACAAGCCUUUACGACGCACCUUGGUGGGUGGUCGGGAAUUGCGGGACGCAGAGGAUAUGUUGCAAGCGCUAGGUAAAUUCGGUUCGGCUAUUUCUUAUCGUCAAAAUUUGGAAGGUAUCACUUUCAAGACGGGACUUGUGAUCGCCUUUCCUGAUUUGUUUACGAAUAUCGAGGAUUUGUCGCUACGGCAUAUCGACACUAUUUCAAAAGUAAAUAAUAGGCUGACCCUUGAGUUGGCGAACAAAUUAAAUUUACGCUUCAACACGCAUCAAGUGGACAACUAUGGCUGGCAUAAACCAAAUGGCUCGUUCGAUGGACUAAUGGGACGCUUUCAACGUUACGAACUGGACUUCGCACAAAUGGCCAUUUUCAUGCGCCUCGAUCGCAUCGCCAUAGUGGAUUUUGUUGCUGAAACAUAUCGGAUACGCGCUGGCAUAAUGUUUCGCCAACCACCACUGUCGGCCGUGGCCAACAUCUUUGCCAUGCCCUUUGCCAGUGAUGUCUGGAUUGCCAUACUACUGCUUAUGAUCUUCACUAUAUGUAUAUUCAUAGUGGAGUUAGUAUAUUCGCCACAUUUGCACGAGAUGGAUAUAUUGGAUUGUGUGGUCUUCGUUUGGGGUGCGAUGUGUCAGCAGGGUUUCUACGCUAACCUACUCAAUCGCUCCGCUCGCGUCAUCAUUUUCACGACAUUUGUAUCGACACUUUUCUUGUAUACGUCAUUUUCGGCGAAUAUAGUGGCGUUGCUGCAGAGUCCUUCGGAGGCCAUACAAACUUUGAGUGAUUUAACGCAGUCCCCAUUAGAGGUUGGUGUACAAGAUACACAAUACAAUAAAAUAUACUUCAAUGAGUCCACCGAUCCCGUUACCAAUCAUUUAUAUCAUAAGAAGAUUGCACCGAAAGGUGAAAAUAUUUUCAUGCGCCCCGCAAUAGGCAUGAAGAAGAUGCGGACGGGCCUCUUCGCUUACCAAGUGGAAUUGCAAGCCGGAUAUCAGAUCAUAAGCAACACCUUUAGUGAGCCAGAAAAAUGUGGACUCAAAGAGCUGGAGCCAUUUCAGCUGCCGAUGAUUGCAGUUCCAACUCGAAAGAAUUUCCCAUACAAGGAACUCUUUCGUAGGCAGUUGCGUUGGCAACGUGAAGUGGGCUUGAUGAACCGUGAAGAGCUGAAAUGGUUUCCGCAGAAACCGAAAUGUGAGGGUGGCAUGGGUGGUUUUGUUUCGAUCGGCAUCACUGAAUGUCGCUACGCUUUGGGCAUUUUCGGUUUCGGAUUACUACUGAGUGCUUUUAGCUUCAUUCUAGAAUUGAUCGUUAAUUAUGUGUGGAAUUUAGCGAAGAAAAUACAUCGAAAUAGGAAACAACGGAAGGAAAGCAACACUGCUGAUGAGUACCGUGGUAAUUUUGUGCAUUAG